UGGAAACAGACAGUGUUUGUCUUUCAAGUUAAACCAACAAGUCGGUAGAAAAAUGUAGUUAUCAAGAAAUUUUUAAAACUUCAACCCUUUUUCUCUUAUAUUUAGUAAAGAGAGUAAAAUAUCUCCUGUUUUGGCUGACAUCUCUACAACCUGAACAAUUGGCUUAAACCUCACUUGGGAUUCCUGGUUGCUUGUUUUAGCAUGGAGAAACUUGGCGUCCACAGAAUCUUUCUUCUGGCUAUUUCUCUGACAAAGUGUCUGGAAAGUACAAAACUGCUGGCAGACCUGAAAAAAUGUGGUGACUUGGAAUGUGAAACUUUAAUAAGCAGAGUCUCAGCCAUGAGAGAUUACAGAGGACCUGACUGCAGAUACCUGAACUUCACUAAGGGAGAAGAGAUAUCUGUUUUUGUUAAACUUGCAGGAGAAAGGGAAGAUUUGUGGGCAGGAAGUAAAGGAAAAGAGUUUGGAUAUUUUCCCAGAGAUGCCGUCCAGAUUGAAGAGGUGUUCAUAUCUGAGGAAAUUCAAAUGUCAACUAAAGAAUCUGACUUUCUUUGUCUUCUUGGAGUAAGUUACACAUUUGACAAUGAAGAUAGUGAAUUAAACAGUGAUUAUGGUGAAAAUAUAUAUCCUUUUGAAGAAGAUAAAGAUGAAAAAUCUAGUAUAUAUGAAGGUGAUUUUCAGCUAGAACCUGGAUUUUAUGCAACUUACGAAAGUACUUUGUUUGAAGACCAAUUUCCAGCAUUAGACGCUCCUGAAGAUGUCGGAAGUACCAGUGAAUCAAAAAACUGGGAAGAAGCAGUUGUUGAAAGUGUGGAACAGGAUCAUAUUCCAGAAGUGCAUGUCCCACCAUCUUCAGCUGUGCCUGGACUCAAAGAAUGGUUUGGAUUGAGAGGAGAACAAGCUGAAGAGAAGGCUUUUGAAUCAGUUAUUGAACCUGUACAAGAAAGCUCAUUUCGAAGUAGAAAAAUAGCAGUGGAAGAUGAGAAUGACCUAGAGGAAUUAAACAAUGGUGAGCCUCAAACAGAACAUCAGCAAGAAUCUGAAUCAGAAAUUGAUUCAGUGCCAAAGACGCAUUCUGAACUAGCAUCUGAGUCAGAGCACGUUCCCAAACCUCAACCCACUGGUUGGUUUGGUGGUGGAUUUACAAAUUACUUAGGUUUUGGAGAUGAGGAUACAGGGCUUGAAUUAUUAGCUGAAGAAAGCAAUUCACCACUACAAGAUUUUCCCAAUUCCAUAUCAUCUGAUAAAGAAGACACAGUUCCAUGUACAGAAAUAUUAAUAGAAAAAAAAGACACAAUCACUAAUGAUAGCUUGAGUCUCGAGCCAAGUUGGUUUGAUUUUGGUUUUGCUAUGCUAGGCUUUGCAUAUGCCAAGGAAGACAAAAUUAUGUUAGAUGACAGGAAAAAUGAAGAAGAUGGUGGGGCAGGUGAACAUGAAUACCCUCUAACAAAUGAAUUAGACCCUGAAAAAGAACAAGAAAUAGAAAUGAUACAAAUUAUGGAAACAGAAGAUCAAAUAGACAAGAAACCAGUCUUAGAAAAAACAGAUGAAUCGGAUGCCAUACCAUAUUUGAAAAAGUUCUUGUAUAAUUUUGACAACCCUUGGAACUUCCAGAACACUCCAAAGGAAACGGAAUUGCCAUUUCCCAAACAGACACUGGAUCAAAAUAACGUAAUUGAAAAUGAAGAAACUGAAGAAUUUUCCAUUGAUAAUUAUCCCACAGAUAAUACAAAAGUUAUGAUGUUCGAAAGUUCAUACAAUCCGUCAGAUAUGGUCUCUAAUAUAGAGUUACCUAUGAGAAUUCACGAAGAAGUACAUUUCAAACCCUCAUCUUCUAAAGAUAGUGAUGAAAAUUCAAAACCAUCAGUAGACACUGAAGGGCCUGCUCUGGUUGAGAUAGACAGAUCUGUGGAAAAUACCCUGCUAAAUAAUCAGAUGGUUUCAACUGAUAAUUCUUUGUCUUCUCAAAAUUAUAUUUCUCAAAAAGAAGAUGCUUCUGAGUUUCAGAUUCUGAAAUACUUAUUCCAAAUUGAUGGUUAUGAUUUCAUGAAUUCUGCAUUUUCAUCCAUUGUAAUUCUUACAGAAAGGGUUGUGGCAGCAUUGCCUGAAGGUAUGAGACCAGAUUCUUAUGGUUUUCCAUGGGAAUUGGUGAUAUGUGCAGCUCUUGUUGGAUUUUUUGCUGUUAUAUUUUUUUUGUGGAGAAGUUUUAGAUCGGUUAGGAGUCGGCUUUAUGUGGGAAGAGAGAAAAAGCUUGCUGUAACGCUUUCUGGACUAAUUGAAGAAAAAUGUAAACUACUUGAAAAAUUUAGCCUUGUUCAAAAAGAGUAUGAAGGCUAUGAAGUAGAGUCAUCUUUAAAGGAUGCCAGUUUUGAGAAGGAGGCAACAGAAGCACAAAGUUUGGAGGCAACCUGUGAAAAGCUGAACAGGUCCAAGUCUGAACUUGAGGAUGAAAUAUUCUGUCUAGAAAAAGAGUUAAAAGAAGAGAAAUGUAAACAUUCUGAACAAGAUGAAUUGAUGGCGGAUAUUUCUAAAAGGAUACAGUCUCUAGAAGAUGAGUCAAAAUCCCUCAAAUCACAAGUAGCUGAAGCCAAAAUGACCUUCAGGAUAUUUCAAAUGAAUGAAGAACGACUGAAGAUAGCAAUAAAAGAUGCUUUGAAUGAAAAUUCUCAACUGCAGGAAAGUGAGAAACAGCUUUUGCAAGAAGCUGAAGUAUGGAAAGAACAAGUGAGUGAACUUAAUAAACAGAAAAUAACAUUUGAAGACUCCAAAGUACAUGCAGAACAGGUUCUAAAUGAUAAAGAAAAUCACAUCAAGACUCUGACUGAACGCUUGCUAAAGAUGAAAGAUUGGGCUGCUGUGCUUGGAGAAGACAUAACGGAUGAUGAUAACUUGGAAUUAGAAAUGAACAGUGAAUCAGAAAAUGGUGCUUACUUAGAUAAUCCUCCAAAAGGAGCUUUGAAGAAACUGAUUCAUGCUGCUAAGUUAAAUGCUUCUUUAAAAACCUUAGAAGGAGAAAGAAACCAAAUUUAUAUUCAGUUAUCUGAAGUUGAUAAAACAAAGGAAGAGCUCACAGAGCAUAUUAAAAGUCUUCAGACUGAACAAGCAUCUUUGCAGUCAGAAAACACACAUUUUGAAAAUGAGAAUCAGAAGCUUCAACAGAAACUAAAAGUAAUGACUGAAUUAUAUCAAGAAAAUGAAAUGAAACUCCACAGGAAAUUAACAGUGGAGGAAAAUUACCGGUUAGAGAAAGAAGAGAAACUUUCUAAAGUAGAUGAAAAGAUCAGCCAUGCCACUGAAGAGCUGGAGACCUAUAGAAAGCGAGCCAAAGAUCUUGAAGAAGAAUUGGAGAGAACUAUUCAUUCUUAUCAAGGGCAGAUUAUUUCCCAUGAGAAAAAAGCACAUGAUAAUUGGUUGGCAGCUCGGAAUGCUGAAAGAAACCUCAAUGAUUUAAGGAAAGAAAAUGCUCACAACAGACAAAAAUUAACUGAAACAGAGUUUAAAUUUGAACUUUUAGAAAAAGAUCCUUAUGCACUUGAUGUUCCAAAUACAGCAUUUGGCAGAGAGCAUUCCCCAUAUGGUCCCUCACCAUUGGGUCGGCCUUCAUCUGAAACGAGAGCUUUUCUCUCUCCUCCAACUUUGUUGGAGGGUCCACUCAGACUCUCACCUUUGCUUCCAGGGGGAGGAGGAAGAGGCUCAAGAGGCCCAGGGAAUCCUCUGGACCAUCAGAUUACCAAUGAAAGAGGAGAAUCAAGCUGUGAUAGGCUAACCGAUCCUCAUAGGGCCCCCUCUGACACUGGGUCUCUGUCACCUCCAUGGGAACAGGACCGUAGAAUGAUGUUUCCUCCACCAGGACAAUCAUAUCCUGAUUCAGCCCUUCCUCCACAAAGGCAAGACAGAUUUUUUUCUAAUUCUGGUAGACUGUCUGGACCAGCAGAACUCAGAAGUUUUAAUAUGCCUUCUUUGGAUAAAAUGGAUGGGUCAAUGCCUUCAGAAAUGGAAUCCAGUAGAAAUGAUACCAAAGAUGAUCUUGGUAAUUUAAAUGUGCCUGAUUCAUCUCUCCCUGCUGAAAAUGAAGCAACUGGACCUGGCUUUGUUCCUCCACCUCUUGCUCCAAUCAGAGGUCCAUUGUUUCCAGUGGAUACAAGGGGCCCAUUCUUGAGAAGAGGACCUCCUUUCCCUGCACCUCCUCCAGGAGCCAUGUUUGGAACUUCUCGAGAUUAUUUUCCACCAAGGGAUUUCCCAGGUCCACCACAUGCUCCAUUUGCAAUGAGAAAUGUCUAUCCACCGAGGGGUUUUCCUCCUUACCUUCCCCCAAGACCUGGAUUUUUCCCCCCACCCCCACAUUCUGAAGGUAGAAGUGAGUUCCCUUCAGGGUUGAUUCCGCCUUCAAAUGAGCCUGCUACUGAACAUCCAGAACCACAGCAAGAAACCUGACAAUAUUUUUGCUCUCUUCAAAAGUAAUUUUGACUGAUCUCAUUUCCAGUUUAAGUAACUGCUGUUACUUAAGUGAUUACACUUUUGCUCAAAUUGAAGCUUAAUGGAAUUACAGUUCUCAGGAUAGUAUUUUGUAAAUAAAGAUGAUUUAAAUAUGAAUCUUACGAGUAAAUUAUUUCCAUUUUAUUUUAUUCUAGAUGGUAUAACUAUUUUAAUUUGAUUGAUCCACUAUUACAUAAACAAUAGUGGGAGUUUUAUAUAUGUAAUCUUGCAGGUGGGGAGGCUUUAAAUUCUAAAGGCUAUGUCUUUAUGCCAAGAACUGUAUUUACUGUGGUUGUAGACAAAUGUGAAAGUAACUUUAUGCUUAAAUAAAUUUUAGUUGAUUUAAAGAUUUGUUUGGCAUUGAUAAUAAUAAAAUCAGCUAGUUUUUCUAUAAGUUUGACUCUAUUAAUUAACUUUUUUCCUUUUACCAAUAACUUUGAAGUGCAAAACUCAAACUUAUAUGGGUCUUUCAUGUUCAGUUAUGUUAUGACAAAUGUGCCCUCUUUCUUGUAAAUAGACGUGAGUGGCCCAAAGCAACAAAUUAAUACACUCUUAAAAGUCAAAAUUGAUUAUAUUUUAAAGAAAACUGGAUAUUAUCUAAUGAUCAGUUGUAGACUUUUGAUCUUCUUAUUCACUGAAUUUCUUGCACAGUUUCUUUAUUGCUUUCCCUGCCCCCCCACCCCGCUCUUCUUUUGUAAUGUAUUUACUAUUUUCUGUGGGGAAUAUUGAGAUUUACUACAGGAUAACUGUAGUGAGUGAUAUGUCAUCAUUUUGCGCUUUGGACUCAAUAUCUUUAGUGUUUCCCUAAAUCAGGUUUGUAGGUCAUUUUAGGCUUCUUGCACAUUAAUAUGAUUAUGGAGGAAAGGCAGUGAAGCAUAGCUAAUAAACAUCACAAUACUUAUGUUGACCUUAUAGUAUUAGACUUUUUUUUCAGUGCCAAAAGCUAGAAGAUUAAAUAUUCUUGAAUAAAAGCAGUGAUACAUUUGUAAUUGGAACACUUCCCACCAGCAUUUCCCCAGGUGUUCUUUGGAACACUGAUCUUGUGAAGUAUUUUUGCUCCCUUUCUGUUCUAACCCUUACCUCAAAAAAAAAAAAAAAAAAAA